GGGGACACGUGACAGCGGCGCGGGGAUUCCGAACGGCGCGGCGGGAGGCAGCUCAGGGAAGGAGCCAUGCCCAGGAUCACUCUGAACGGGAUCACGGUGGAUUUCCCCUUCCAGCCCUACCCAUGCCAGGAAGCCUACAUGGCCAAGGUGCUGGAAUGCCUGCAAAAGAAGGUAAAUGGCAUUUUGGAGAGCCCCACAGGCACAGGGAAGACCCUGUGCCUGCUGUGUUCCACCCUGGCCUGGCGGGAGCACUUCAAGGACACCAUCUCAGCCCGGAAAAUCGCGCAGCGCAUGAACGGGGUGGAGCUCUUUCCUGACAGACCACUGUCCUCCUGGGGCACUGCUGCCACAGAUGGAGAUGUCCCAACUUAUUACACUGACAUUCCAAAAAUAAUUUAUGCCUCCAGGACUCACUCCCAGCUUACACAGGUCAUUAAUGAGCUAAAGAACACAGUGUACAGGCCAAAGAUUUGUGUGCUGGGAUCCAGGGAGCAGCUCUGCAUCAAUCCUGAAGUGAAGCGACAGGAGGGCAACCACAUGCAGAUCUACAUGUGCAGAAUGAAAGUGAUGGCUCGUGCUUGUCAUUUCUAUAACAAUGUGGAAGAAAAGAGUACAGAGAAAGAACUGAUUGAAUCAAUCAUGGAUAUUGAAGACUUGGUUAAAAAUGGAAACAAGCACAGAGCUUGUCCUUAUUAUCUCUCUCGAAGCCUGAAGCAGCAAGCAGACAUUAUUUUUAUGCCUUACAACUAUUUGCUAGACUCAAAGAGCAGGAAAUCACACAACUUGGACCUGAAGGGGACUGUGGUGAUACUCGAUGAAGCUCACAAUGUGGAGAAGUUGUGUGAGGAGUCCUCUUCUUUUGAUUUGACUCCCUAUGAUUUGGCUUCAGCAAUGGAUGCAAUAAAUGUUGUCCUGGAGGAGCAAGCCAAAGUGGUUCAACAGAAUGAAAUCAAUGCUGAAUUCAACAUGGAAUUGGCCAGUUCAGGACUGAACAUGGAACUGGAAGAUAUAGCAAAGAUCAAGAAAAUUCUUCUUCAACUUGAAAGUGCUAUUGAUGCAGUAGAGCUGCCAGCAAAUGGCAAUGGAGUCACCAAAGAGGGAAGCUACAUCUUUGAUCUGUUUGCAGAGGCCCAAAUAACACUGCAGACCAAAUCCUCCCUCUUGGAGUCACUGGAGCAGAUUUUACAGUUUCUUUCAGGCCGUACUGGGAUAUUUGUCAAUACAUCUGGAUUGCAUAAGGUCUCAGAUAUUAUUCAGACAGUCUUCAGCAUGGAUCCCCCAGAAGGAGUCACAACAGGGUUCCUGCCACGUCAGGCAAUAUCUAAAUAUUACAAGGUACAUAUUCAUGUGGAUAAUGGUAAUCAGAAAAAGAAACAAAGGACAGAUCUCUGGAACUCAUCAUCUUCAAAAAGACAAGGGAAGACUUUAAGCUAUUGGUGUUUCAGCCCUGGGUACAGCAUGCAUGAGCUCGUUCGACAGGGAGUCAGGACAAUCAUCCUCACCAGUGGGACACUCUCCCCUCUCUCAUCAUUCACAAUGGAAAUGCAGAUCCCUUUUCCUGUUUGCCUGGAGAAUCCUCAUGUAAUUGAUAAACACCAGCUCUGGGUUGGGAUCAUUCCAAAGGGGCCUGAUGGAACUGUGCUUACUUCCACCUAUGAAAGAAGGUUUUCAGAGGAUUAUUUAUCUUCUCUGGGGAAAACAAUUGGUAACCUUGUGCGACUUGUGCCACAUGGGAUGUUGGUGUUCUUCCCAUCGUAUCCAGUCAUGGAUAAGAGCCUGGAGUACUGGAGAGAGCAUGAUUUUGCCAAAAGAAUAGAAGAAGUGAAGCCAAUGUUUGUGGAACCCAGGAACAAAGGAAGCUUUUCAGAGGUUAUUGAUGCCUAUUAUGAUAAAGUUGCCUGUCCUAAGUCGAAUGGAGCUGCUUUUUUGGCAGUGUGUCGAGGCAAGGCCAGUGAAGGCUUGGACUUUGCAGACAUAAAUGGACGAGGAGUCAUCAUAACUGGGCUUCCAUUUCCCCCUCGUAUGGAGCCCAGAGUAAUUUUAAAGAUGCAAUUCCUGGAUGAGAUGAGGAGAAGUGGUGCAGGUGCACAGUAUCUGUCUGGGCGUGAGUGGUACAGUCAGCAAGCGUCCCGGGCUGUCAACCAGGCCAUCGGCCGGGUCAUCAGGCACCGCCAGGACUACGGGGCCAUCUUCCUGUGUGACCACAGGUUCACAACUUGUGAUGUCAGAGGCAAAUUGCCUUCAUGGGUCCGUCCCUACGUGAACGUUUAUGACAACUUUGGGCAUGCGGUCAGAAGUGUCUCCCUCUUCUUCCGUGUCGCUCAAGAAAUUAUGCCCCCACCCCUGCCUCAGUGCCCUCCUGGACGUGCUGGUUCCCUAAGUGAAAGCAAUGCGGCACCAUCUACUUCAUCUGAGCAGAGCCUCUCCCUGCAAAAAGCUAAAAACCUGGAUGACCAUGUUCCAAGUUUGAAGAGGAAAAGGAAAGGAAAUGGAGAUGGAGCACCCAGCCUGUGUGUGGAAUAUGAACAGGAGUUUGUCUCACCCCGAAGAAAAUGUGUUGGGCUCUUGGAUGCCUUGGAACGCAGUGAGAAGAGCAGUGAAGAUGCAGAGGAGGAAACUGAUUUGCUAGGAGAGGAAAAGGCACAUCGUCUGUCCACACUUUCCCUUCAAUAUGAGAAGAGAUUAACAGAUGAGCAGAAAGGAGGAAGGAAGAAAAUAAAGCUAAUCAGCAAUACACAGGAGCGGAGCGCGGAGCCGGCGGAGCCCAAGAAGGCGCGAGCCACGUUUUACAUCGCCACCGUGAAGGACACCCUGAGCCAGCAGAACUAUGAGCUCUUCUCCAAGGCUCUGCAGCAGUACAAGAAGACAGAUGACUUCCAUGCCAUGCUGUCCCAGAUGAGCUCCCUCUUUGUAGAGGAUGUAAAAAAGCACGUCUUGCUGCGAGAUUUUUACCAGUUUGUUCGACCCCAGCAUAAAAAGCAGUUUGAUGAAGCGUGCUGCAAUCUGACUGGAGUGGGCUGUGGCUACAAACCUGAGCACAGCCUCCCACGUGAGGAGAGGGAGAUGCUGGCCAAGAGAAUGGAAGAAAAACAGAGCCAGCAGAAAAGUACAUUCUCCAAGGCCUCGUGUGCUCAGCUGAACCCUGGGCUCCACCUGAACCAAGGAGGAUCCCACUUGACAACAGGACUCAAUAGUGCAGGGCAGAAUGCCAGUGCAGCUCCAAGGAAAGAGGCUGAAAAGGCUCCAGGCUGCAGGAGAGAGCAUCACCAGGCCCUCAGGACUGCCUACCUCAGUGAUGUGCAGAGGGCUUUGGACAAAAGCAGCUACAGGCAGUUCUACGAGGCUCUGCUGGCUUACAAGAAGACAGAUAAUUACAAUGCGAUGGUGUCGGUGAUAGCAACCCUCACCACUGAGAGGCCACAGGACUUUCAUCUGCUACAAAGGUUUUACAUGUUUGUGCGUCCUCACCACAAAGAGCAGUUCAGAGAGCUGUGUAAGGAUUUGACUGGAAUGGUUUGUGGUGAUGGAGAGAAGCAACUGCAACAGCUGGAGCAAAGUGAAGGGAAGCCCCAGAGCUUGGAGAGCUGCACAAAAGGAAUCAGCCACUUACAAGACACAUCCACUUCUAGGAGUGGGGCACCAGAAAAAAUUCAGACUAAGAUUUCCUCCUUCUGCUUUAGCCAGAAAAGUGAACUUGAGUUGCCAAAGACUGAAGUGUCCAAAGAAACCAAUAAUGUGAGGGCACCCACAGACUCUGGAGUUGUGCCCAUCUUUCCCUUAGAGAUGGAGCCAGAGUGUGGUAGGUAGAGGAGAGGUUUGGGAUGUAAUUCUCUAAUACUUGGGAAUAAAGAUAAAUUACAGAAAUGAGGCUGAGACUGAUGGUGUAUGAAACCACUGGGUCCUGCCUGUGUUUGCUCAGGUGCAGUGAUUGGUGUGGUUUGCU